AUGGCGUCCGGAGACACCCGCCCGCCGGGCAAACAGGGAGAGUGGUACUUGGGCGACCCUUCAAGGCUGAGGGAGCAGCUCGAUGACUUUCUCUCCGACGUGCCCGAUCAGAUAGAGGAUAAUGGCUUGCCUGUCCCUGGUGGCCGAGUCAUCAUUGCCCCCCAUGCCGGCUACACAUACUCAGGUGCUACAGCAGCCUGGGCGUAUAAGGCUCUCGACCUAAGCAAAGCCAAGCGCGUAUUCCUUCUCGGACCCUCUCAUACCUUCUACCUCGCAGGCUGCGCAGUCAGCACUUAUCAGAACUACGGAACACCAUGGGGAGAUCUCAAGGUGGACGAGGCAGUCACGAGCCGUCUUAUCGACGAGCUCGAAAUCCCCGGUAUCCCGAGAUCCAAUGAUAGAAAGGAACACUCGCUAGAGAUGCACUUGCCGUACCUUUGGGUCCGGUUGGAGCAGACAUUCGGCUCGCCCGAGAAUUUCCCGCCCGUCGUACCGAUCCUCAUCGGCGAUAACAACAAAGCCGAAGAGAAGGAGGUGGGCAAGUGGCUCGCCGAGUAUAUCAAGGACCCCGAGAACGCCUUCAUCGUCAGCUCCGACUUUUGUCACUGGGGCGGACACUUCGACUACACAAUCUACUGUCCAGACGGGACGCUCGAUAGCAGGGAGAAGCUCUACGAGUAUGGCCCCAAGCCCGACGGACCGCCCAUCCACGAGACGAUCAAGAUGGUGGAUGACCUGGCGAUCGAGGCCAUUAAGACGGGGAAGCACAGCAGCUUCUACGACAAUCUCAAGCAGACCAAGAAUACGGUGUGCGGAAGACACCCGAUCGGAGUGACAAUGGCGGCGCUCGAAGAGCUGGGCGACCACCGGUUCACGUUCAUUCAAUACAAUCGUAGCACCCUCGUGACGCGCCCGAGGGACUCCAGCGUGAGCUAUGUUUCCGCCUACGCAGUGGUAUGA